AAANUUCAGGAUUUUUUUUUUUUUUUAAAGAAAAAAAUUCAGCUGAGCAGCGCCUUGAAACCUCUCAGAACCAUGUCGUCUUCUUCGAGCAGCGGCCUAACGUUCAAGCUCCAUCCUCUCGUCAUUGUCAACAUCUCUGAUCACUACACUCGGGUCAAGUCCCAGUCUCUUCCGACUCCGGUCACCCCUAGCGGCGGCGAUACUUCGGCGGUUUCUCUUCCCUCGCCGCCUCGCGUGUACGGAUGUGUCAUCGGUGUCCAGCGCGGCCGCACCGUCGAGAUCUUCAACAGCUUCGAGCUUCUUUACGACGUCUCCACCCACUCGCUGGACCGCGCUUUUCUCGAGAAGAAGCAAGAGCUUUAUAAGAAGGUGUUUCCGAAUUUUUACAUCCUGGGAUGGUACUCAACGGGGAGCGAUGCGCAAGAGUCCGAUAUGAAUAUUCACAAAGCUUUGAUGGAUAUCAAUGAGAGUCCUGUUUAUGUUCUUCUCAAUCCUUCAAUUAAUCCUGCACAGAAAGAUCUGCCUGUCACAAUAUAUGAAAGUGAGUUGCAUGUUAUUGAUGGCAUCCCUCAGCUUAUAUUUGUUCGAUCAAGUUAUACUAUAGAGACAGUGGAAGCUGAAAGAAUAUCUGUUGAUCAUGUCGCCCAUCUUAAGCCAUCUGAUGGUGGUUCGGCUGCAACUCAAUUGGCUGCUCACCUUACUGGCAUACAUAGUGCAAUCAAGAUGCUGAAUGGUAGGAUCAAGGUUCUUCAUCACUAUCUUCUUGCCAUGCAAAAAGGGGAAAUUCCGAGUGACAAUUCGUUGCUGAGGCAAGUAUCUAGUCUCCUGAGAAGAUUACCAGCCAUCGAAUCUGACAAAUUUCAAGAUGAUUUCUUGAUGGAAUACAAUGAUACACUGUUGAUAACUUAUCUGGCAAUGUUCACCAACUGUUCAAGCACGAUGAACGAGCUGGUCGACAAAUUCAAUACUGCUUACGACAGGCAUAGUCGAAGGGGUGGCCGCACCUCCUUUAUCUGAGAUGUUUUGCUCAUUUUUCUCUCUUGUGUGUUGCUGAAUUUUCCCCCGAGGAAGGCCACUUGUGUUACAUACCCGAAUAGUUGUGAGCAGUAUAAAUAGUUUUGAGAAGGUGUUACCGUUGAGAGGUAAAGUAUAUCACUUUGCGUAGCACGUGCUGAAUUCUGGUGAGCAGGUCAAAAGCCAUUUCAAAUUGGUGUGUUGUAUGACAGUGCAUCAAUUUGUGCUGUGGAUUCCUGUUGGUGUUGGUGCUACUACCUUCUCCAGAAAAAGCGUACUUUCUUUUGACUUUUGAGGUUGAUGUUUGUUUUCCCAAUUUGGGUAUGCAUUUUGAGUUUAAAAUGUUCUUGAUUGGCUUUGAAUUUACAUGUUAUAGCUG